AUAACAAAUAAUUUGAGCCUAGUAGGUUGUCAGUAGCAGUGAUGGACGUGGAAAGUUCCCAGGUUAGCCGUUUCUAUGCUGGUAAAAACAUCUUCCUCACUGGAGGAACUGGUUUCCUCGGAAAAUGUUUCAUUGAGAAGGUUUUGAGGUCGUGUCCAGAUGUGGGAACUAUCUACAUGUUGUGUCGAGGGAAGAGGGGAAAAUCCCCCGAGGAGCGCAUGACAUCCUUAUUCAGUGAGAUGCUGUUCGAUAACGUCAGAGCAGCAAACCCUGACGUUUUUCAGAAAGUUGUUCCUGUUAUUGGCGAUGUUAUGGAAAAAAAUCUGGGUAUCAGUGAGGAGGAUGAAAAGUUAAUCACAGAGAAUGUUAACAUUAUGAUUCACAGCGCAGCAACCAUCCGUUUUGAUGAGCAUAUCAAGUUAUCUCUACAGUUGAACGUUGGAGGAACAGUUAAAAUGGUGGAACUAGCACGGAGGGUCAAGAAUCUCAUAUCGUUUGUCCACGUAUCAACAGCCUAUGCUAACUGUAACAUAGCUGAUAUAGAGGAAGUGUACUACGAGAUGGGGGAGGAGUACAGCCCUCUCAAACUCCUGGAACUAUGCGAUUGGAUGGACGAGGACGUGAUAGCGUCAAUGACAGAGACCCUCCUCCGAGACCGUCCUAACACUUACUGUCUAACCAAAGCUGUGACUGAGGAAUACUUGUUUAAACAUGCCAAGGACAUCCCUCUGGGCAUAUUUAGACCUAGCAUUAUUGGUGCCAGCUGGCAGGAACCAGCCCCGGGUUGGAUUGACAACUUUAAUGGACCCAGUGGCCUCUUUAUUGCAGUUGGUAAGGGAGUUUUGAGGAUACUGGAGGGUGAUGUUAACAAGGUUGCUGAUAUUAUCCCUAUAGAUUACUGUGUUAACAUGCUCAUCUGCGUGGGAUGGUACACUUCUAUCAUAACGAAGCAGGUGGAAACGCCUCUUAUCUACCAUUGUACGUCUGGUAGCAAGAAGCCAUACACUUGGCUACAGCUAGGAACUUUGAUGUUAGAAUUUUUCCAAAGUAAAGAGCCUUACAACGAAGUAUUCAGACGACCUGACGUAAACUUUGCCACCAAUAAGUUAGAGUUGGAGUACUGGAAGAUGAUAUCUCACUGGGUACCAGCCUACAUAGCUGACGGCCUCGCUAAAAUAACCGGAAACAAGGCCAUUAUGUUGAGGGCCUAUGAUAAGGUUCACCGGGCCAGUAAAACAUUCACAUUCUUCACCAAGCGGGAAUGGACCUGGACGGACGGGAACUGUAACAUGCUGAUGGGAAAGAUGUCUGAUAUUGACAAAAGUAUUUACAGCUUUAACGUCCAUGAUAUUAUCUGGGAAGAUUAUUAUCCUAACUACUUUAGAGGUACAAAGAAAUACAUACUAAAAGAGGACAUGAGCGACUCUAAGCUGCAAGAAGCUCGAGCUCGACAAGCCAGAUGGCGCUACAUUUACAACAUUGCGGUCCUCGUAUUCAUUUCUUCCCUGCUUUACUUUCUAUAUCCUUUCAUUACUACCCUGCUCACAGGAUAGACUAGGCUCCAAAGAAUUUGGUAUAUAACGGUCAGUGCAGUGACCUUGCUGAUCGGUCGGUUCCUCUACCUCAAAUCACCGGUCUGCAGAAACCUGUGGUUUAAAUUACUUGGCAUCAUAAUGCAGCUGUUACGACAAAUCAGAUUAACCAUCGUUUCUUGAUGAAUGAAAAUCUUAUUAUUCUCUCAAUUUGGUGUAACUUAAGUUAGAUUUUGCUGGUUAUUUCACAGGGAUUUCCAGGAUUGUAUUAUAUUGUGAGUUUUCGGAAUGAUGACGAUGAUGUUGUUGUUUGUCGAGAAUUUUAAACUUCCUUCAAUUUCCAGCUGGGCUGGAAAAAUUAUUCCUCAAAACUUAAUCCCUGUUUAAUUCUUAAGAUAUUGCUAGUUUUCUAUUAUAGCGAGAGUUUGUUAGAAAUAUAAGUGAGAGCUGUUGUUUUAAGUCGUAAGAAAGUUUUCUUAACAGUACCACAUCAACCUUAAAAAAUAGCUGAUUAUUAUUCCUGAUUUUGUUUUUAUUAAUUUGAAACUGAUGAUAUAUAUGGCCAAGAUUGGAAUUCGUUAAGCGUAGGCUCAAAAAUUGUGACAAAGACCGGGCGCCACAUUCGGGAUAACAGCUCCCAAAUUGGGCGUACACAAUGCUUUAGUCAACUAUUCAGAGAUCUUGUAACAGAGAAUUUUCUCACCUUUUCGUGAUGGAAAGAGCUCAAAGCUGUUAUUGUAGGGUCCAAGUCUGAAGAAAGAUACAAGUCUGAAGAAAGAUACUGAGAUAUUGUUGACAGUAGAUUCCUCGAAUGAGUGAUGAAAGUUAUUAAAAUUAGAUCGACUGGAAUCUUAGUGCAUGCUAUUACUCUGCUGUUAAGCCAAACGUUUGCUUUGGGUCACAAUUUUUGAGCCGCCAGGAAUUUUUGACAAAGCGUAAGACUCGAACUGAACGGUACAUACCUUGAUACCCGCUCUAACUAAACAUACCAGAGUACAUUCCUUGGCCUUGGGAUGUACAGUAUGACGUAUGUACCAGAGUAUGUACCGUUUAGUUAGGAUCAAAAUUGCUGACCAGAGAUACUAUUGUGGAAGUGUCCGGGACUUUGUUUUUGUAAGUUGUUUAUGUUAGUUAACAUUUGUUAUUGUUCUGUUGAUGAUGGUUAGUGACAUUUUUACUGCAGUCAGUAUUA